AUGCCUGCAAAGAUUGAUACUGAGCUCAAUCUGCGAUUUCUGUACAUCUGCUUCAAGCACUCAAACUUCAGUACCGUCGAUUUUCAUGAGGUCGCUUCCUACUUCCAGAUUAAGGCUCCGGCUGCUCGCAUGCGCUUGAUGCGUCUCCGUCAAGCACUCGAGGCAGAGUCUAGCAAAGAAGGCUUCAAGGAAAAGGAUCGAAAGCGUCGACUGAACCCGUUCAAAGCCAAGGACAAGAUGUACGCUCACGAUGGCGAAGACGAUGAUGACGAAUCUCUUGACGAUGUGCCAUUGAUGCAACGUUUCCACGCCCGCAUGAUGCGCAUCAAGCGUGAGGAAGGGUUGAUGAUCAAGAACGAAGACGGCACCUUGAUCAAGGACGAAGACACUGCAAUGAUCAAGAAUGAAGAUGAUGACUUCUGGGGCAAGAAGGAGGAGUGCACUGAUGAGCAGGAGGCUGAUGCAAUGGUAAACGCUGGAACUCAUGAAGUUGGUGCCACCUCCUUCAAGAACGAGAUCGACGACUCUCAUCGCGAUUUGCAGGAAUCACUCACGUCUGUCGACAUGGAAGGUGCUGUCAAAUCCGAAGCAGUCAGCUUGAGCGUUGUUCCUUCCUCAUAUCCUAGCUCGAACGAAGGGGUAACAGUGGCCAUGCCUCAAAACAUUUCCCAUCUCACUACUCAGCACAGAGCGGCAUACUUUGGUCCAGUCCAGAUGGAGCGCAGAGACUAUGGAUAUGGAGGCGACCAGCAUACACCAGCUCCUCCUACCAACGCCGUUCCCUUCAACUUCCGUAGCUACGGCCACGCAAGCACCUCAAGCCCCUAUGUCCACGAGCGCAGCGACACCGACAAGUCCACCAACAACAAUCGGCCCCCUGUUUCAUACCACGGCUACAACUCAGCCCCUCGUCCUGACGCCUUCAAUGCAUUCGCACAGGUCAAGCCAGAGAGUACCUACGGCAACAACCAUGUCAUGACUCCUUCUGCUCUUGAUUCUCCUUUCCGUCUGGACAUGUUCAACACAGCUUUGACAAACUCAACUACUCCUGAAGUCGAGGCUAGUCCCGGACAGAAGUCUCCUGUCGAUUCGCCGGUGAUCAGUGAUGACACCUCUGUGACUCGAUUUGACAACGAGUACAUGUCUCCCCUCGCACGUCAAUCCUACCAGAACCAGAAUUUCGAAUAG